GUAGUGCAUUGUGCAAUUAUAUCCACGUUGUAGGAAAUGUAAACCAUUUGCCACGAUGUCUGAGAGCAAAGAACCAAAAGAAGCUGCGCUAACAGAGGAGGCUGUUUCAGCCUACCUGCUUAAAAAUACCAAGUUUUGCAGACAGUGGUUCGUAAAAAAUGGAACAAAACAGAUUUUUGACCAGUGGCUUACCAAGGGGUCGGAUAUCGGGAAUGAUAAUCGACCAAGCCUUGUUCGAUCGGAGACAGAUCUUUCGGACAAAUACGUUUCACACCAUUCUGCUCUUCUGGCCUCGAGCAAAUUUCAAGAACUUCUUUUGCAACGACAUCAGAAUGUGAAACAGAACAAGGCAAAGUUAAAGCAGUUGGAGGAGAAAGAGUUGAUUAUGGAGCUUAUACGCGACGUGGCCAGUGAGUUGGACAUAAACAUCCUCUGUCACAAGAUCCUGAUAAAUGUCAGCCUACUGACCAAUAGUGACCGCGGCAGCCUUUUCCUGGCAGAGGGUCCGAAGGACAACCGGGUUCUCGUUGCGAAGCUAUUCGACGUCACGACUAACUCUACCGUAGAGGAAGUUAUCAUACCUGAGGGAAAAGCAAUCCGCAUCCCGUUUGGCGUUGGCAUCGCUGGGCACGUGGCACACACAUCGGAGACUGUCAAUAUUAAGGAUGCCUACGAGGACCCCAGGUUCAAUCAAGAGAUCGACAUGAAGACAGGGUAUAAGACACACUCCAUACUCUGUUUGCCAAUACGCAACUAUGAAGGAGAAGUCAUUGGAGUUGCCCAGAUCAUUAACAAACAAAUAGGAACUCAUGAAUUUACUGAUCACGACGAAAAGAUUUUCAGGACAUAUCUCACCUUCUGUGGUAUCGGAAUACAGAACGCGCAACUGUUCGACAUGUCCGUCCGCGAGUAUAAAAGAAACCGGCUACUGCUUCAACUUGCAAAAGGCAUCUUUGAGGAACAGACUGACCUUGACGUUCUGAUCAGAAAGAUAAUGGUGGAGUCAAUUGGCCUGUUGAAAUGUGAACGAUGCUGUGUGUAUCUAGUGGAUAUCGCAACAUCAAAGGAACAAGAGGUCACUUUCUCAAAAUGCUUCGAAUUAUUAGAGGACAACCCAUCAGAGCUCAUUCGUCCUAGCAACGUGCUUCGAAACAAAUCAUACAACGGAUUAAUAGCCAAACACGUCGCCUUAAAAGAGGAGGUAAGAAAAUGA